CUAUUGGCAACGAUACCUGGUAAUAUUGAAAGCUUCAACGUCUGCCCCCAAGCCACCGCAGCGUACUGCCACCACUCAUGGUGGCAGGGCUGCUCUGCAUGAGACGACAAAGCUUCCCGCACUCCGGUUCUGUGAUGAUGUAUAUCACCUGUUUGAUCUGAUACCUGAGGCGGUGGAGAGUAUUGGGAGUCGGGAGGCGAUGUUCUCGUUUUUUGCGGGGGUCGCGGUGUUUGGGGUGCUAGAGGAGGUUAUCAUGCCGGCGCAUGACCAUGAUGAGGAGGAUGGGCAUGAUCAUGAGCAUGAGAAGAUGGCAAAGGAUUCGCCGACAGGGAAGAAAGAACCAGCUCUAUCAGCAAAAGAGCGCCGCGACCUCCUCCGUUCCUCCCUCAUCACCUUCGUCGCGUUCGCCAUGCACAACCUCCCCGAAGGCCUCAGCGUCUACCUCGCGGCCCUCUCUGACCUCCGUCUUGGCACUCAACUCACAGUUGCAAUCCUCAUUCACAACACCCCGGAAGGCAUGACCGUUGCCGUGCCCCUCUACGCCGCAACAGGCAACACCACCUCCGUGCUGUGGUGGACGCUGCUCAACGGGCUGGCGGAACCGUUGGGGGUUGUGGCGGGGGGUUGGUUGUUGCAUGGUUACUUGUUGCCGCAGCUGCUGAGUAGGUGUUUGGCGGGUGUGGGCGGGAUCAUGGCAUGCAUAUUGAUUCAUGAGCUGCAGCCGACGGUGAACAGGUAUUCGGGGAAAACGAUUGCGACUAGCGCGUUCUUUGGAGGCAUGGUUGUGUGCUUUGGGGCGUUGGAGGCUUAAUGAGUGGUUUGGCGGGCAUGCGCAUUGAUUCGGUAUUUGCCGUUCCAUCCGAUACUAUCCGAUUUGAUAUAGACACUUUCUCUUCACACCCUUUUGUAUUAUAUACACGUUUUGAAUGGAUUAUUUUGCGAUAU